CAAAGAUCAAAAGUGGGGGGGAGAGGAUGUUUUUCUGAUCUGGGUGCCUUUGCCCGUUCGUGGUCCCCGAUGGAGAUUCAGAGAGGUCAACCAACAGCAAUAUCGUGAACCUGCUGUAUGAUCGCUGGGCUGUUCGUCUCCCUGAGCCAAUGCUAGAUCUAGAGGUGGUUCCCGAGCGAUCUCUUGGGAACGAACAAUGGGAAUUCACCUUGGGGAUGCCGUUGGCUCAAGCUGUAGCCAUUCUUCAGAAACACUGUCGUAUCAUAAAAAAUGUCCAGGUUCUCUACAGUGAACAGUCUCCUCUUAGCCAUGACCUCAUCCUUAACCUGACUCAGGACGGGAUCAAACUGCUGUUUGAUGCUUUCAAUCAAAGACUUAAGGUGAUUGAAGUUUACGACUUGACUAAAGUGAAGUUAAAAUAUUGUGGUGUUCAUUUCAACUCUCAGGCCAUUGCUCCGACCAUAGAGCAGAUCGAUCAGUCUUUCGGGGCGACACAUCCGGGAGUGUACAACUCAGCAGAGCAACUUUUCCACCUCAACUUCAGAGGACUGUCUUUUUCUUUUCAGCUGGACUCGUGGACUGAAACUCCAAAAUAUGAGCCAAACUUUGCCCAUGGCUUAGCUUCUCUGCAAAUUCCCCAUGGCGCAACUGUGAAACGCAUGUUCAUCUACAGUGGAAACAGUCUGCAGGACACCAAGGCUCCUGUGAUGCCCCUCAGCUGUUUCCUGGGAAAUGUAUAUGCGGAGAACGUUGAUGUUCUGCGAGAUGGAGCCGGACCUUCCGGUCUACGGCUUCGCUUACUCACUGCAGCUUCUGGCCCAGGUGUAUUAGCCGAUGCCAAGAUGCGGGUAUUCGAGCGCUGCGUGUAUUUUGGUGAUUCGUGCCAAGAUGUUCUGAGCACUUUGGGAUCCCCUCAUAAAGUUUUCUACAAGUCAGAAGAUAAGAUGAAAAUCCAUUCGCCCUCCCCUCACAAGCAGGUAUCUUCAAAGUGCAAUGACUACUUCUUCAACUACUUCACCCUCGGAGUGGAUAUCCUUUUCGAUGCAAAUACCCACAAAGUGAAGAAAUUCGUUCUGCACACAAAUUACCCUGGCCAUUACAACUUCAACAUUUAUCACCGUUGCGAAUUCAAGAUUCCACUAGCCAUUAAACGAGAGAGCACCGACUUGCAGACAGAAACGUGUACCACGUACAGCAAGUGGGACAGUAUUCAGGAUCUGCUAGGACACCCCGUAGAGAAGCCGGUCGUGCUUCACAGAUCGUCUUCUCCAAACAACACAAAUCCCUUUGGAUCCACGUUUUGUUUUGGGCUACAGCGGAUGAUCUUCGAGGUGAUGCAGAACAAUCACAUCGCGUCCGUCACUCUGUACGGCCCUGCAAGACCCAGCAACCCGCUGAAAACGUCAGAUCUUCCCCAGUGAGCAAUAUCAGAGGAUGGAAAAGCGACAAAAUUAGUACAGCGUGCCUUGAUUUGCUGCCACUUACAAAAUAGAAAAGCACGGUGUGGUGAGAUUUUUGUGUAUGUGAGAGUGUGUGUUUGUGUGUGUGUGUGUGUGUUGGGAAUAAAAACACCCUGUCUCUUGCCAUUCAGGCAUAGGACAAGAGGGGGCGUCCGUUCCUCUGUUGGUCACAGGACAUGGAACGAGUGGUGGAGGUAAGCAGUUAGGGGCCUGUCGUGGUUGGCUUUCCUCCUCCCGAUUUUCCUUACCCCCUACGAGGCUGGAUGUAAUAUGGACUGCCUUGCCUUUUCCUGAACUGGAAGAAGGACAGGCUGAAGGUGAGAGGGGACACAAAAUGACUGCACCACUGAGAAGCACAAAUGUCCUGAGCCUUGGGACAUCCGGAAGCAGGUAUUGGAUAUAUAGAUAUAUAUAUAUAUUUUUCCCCCCGGUCUGUGUUCGUGUUAACUGUGUUGGUUACGCUGGUCAUGUGUUUUUAUUUUUUAAAACAGAGACAACAGUGUGGGUGUGGGCGUUUCUAGGCACACACAGAGAACUUAUAUAUAGGUGUAUAUAUAAAAUAAAGUACAUGGGUAUUCUGUGGCUUCUUCGGACAUUGUACCAAAUGUGACAGGUAUGUUAUAUACGUGUCCAUGAUUUCAGGCGCCACAUGUUGGUCUAACGUUGAAAAUCAGCGCAAAAGCAGCAUGUGCAUUAGACUUGGUUGUAACCUUUUUGCACUACAUACACUUUAAUUACUUGAUCAAACAUUUUAAAAUCUUCACUGAGGAGCAUCUGUGUACUGGGUGUGAGUGGGGGGGGUUGCAAUGGUUUUAUUGAUUUUUUUUUCCAUGCAUAAGGCUUAUUUAUACCAUGGGAAAGGAAUCCCACCUUUUCUGCACUAAUAUUUACUUGACGUGCUGAAGCAACGUAUUUUCUGCCAUGCCUGGUUAACUGAUUUGUGUUUUAUAGAUACAUGUAUACAUAUAGAUGUGUGUGUGCAGUUUCCAGAAUGAAGAGAAAAAAGUCAAGUACAUGAUUCCUAUGAAUUUUUCUUAAGGUUUUUGAUACCUUUUUUUUUUCUUUGUACUUAAAAAUCGGGGAAGUAAUUCGUUUGCGGAAGAAUCCACACAGCUGCCUUCUCUUGCAACUGUGGGUCGCAUUGGAAUUCCUUCGUCCUGUAGAGAAGGGUAGUCAGAGAACCGAAGCUGAGCCGCUUGAAAUGGAAGUUUUCCGGCCUUAAUGCGGGACAGACAUCCUUGCAGGCUUCACUAAAACACUGUCCUGGUUUAGGCUCAGCUUCAGGUGGUUAUUUAUGUAGCACACGGAGGAGACCGCUGGCUCUUCUUUCCUCCCUAUCUCUUUGUUUAAAACAAA